ACGAUGCCGCUGAAGCAACGGAACGCAGUGUUGGAGCUGCACUCUCCGACGGAAGACAAUCUGGUGUCGCCUAGCGUUGGUUCGGUCGCAACCGAUUUCGGUUCCAUCACGGAAGAUGGGCCGGGGACGAUGGCAUCGGCCAAUAAAGCGUCCUCGUCCGACCUGGACCACCAAGAUAAGGUGAAAAUGAAGCAAUCACUCGGGCUGCUGGAAGGUGUCGCCAUCAUUUUGGGCAUUAUCCUUGGCUCGGGUAUCUUCAUUUCACCGAAGGGUGUGCUGCAGGAGGUUGGGUCGGUCGGUACGUCUCUGGUGAUAUGGGUGUUGUGUGGCGUGUUGUCGAUGAUCGGUGCCCUCUGCUAUGCCGAGCUAGGGACGGCCAUUCCCAAAUCGGGUGGAGAUUACGCUUACAUCUACGAAGCUUACGGGCCACUUCCGGCGUUUCUGUACCUUUGGGACGCUACAGUGAUAUUUGUCCCAAGCACAAAUGCGAUCAUGGGGCUCACGUUUGCAAGCUACGUGUUCCAACCACUGUUCGCAGCCGGUUGCUCGGUUCCAACGAUAGGACUACAGUUGUUUGCUGCCGUCACAAUCUGCGCCCUUACCUACAUCAACGCCUACGACGUGCGGGUGACGACUAAGAUGCAAAACGUGUUCAUGUUCACCAAGAUCGGUGCACUGGUGCUGGUGAUAGUGGUUGGCGUCGUGUGGAUGGCGGUGGCCGACGGUGGUAUGGACAAUUUUGAGAACGCGUUCGACGGUACGGAAACCGAUCCGGGCAAAAUCUCGGUUGCCUUCUACUCCGGCAUCUUCUCCUACGCUGGCUGGAACUACCUCAACUUCAUGACCGAAGAAUUGCGUGAUCCGUACAAGAAUCUGCCCCGGGCGAUUUAUAUUUCCCUGCCCCUGGUGACCGCCAUCUAUGUGUUGGCAAAUAUGGCGUAUGUGGCCGUCCUGACGCCUCAAGCUAUUUUGGCUUCCGAUGCCAUUGCCGUGACGUUUGCCCAGCGUGCCAUGAGCUAUGGUGCGUUCGUGAUGCCUAUCCUGGUGGCGAUAGCCGCGUUCGGAGGGCUUUCGGUGCACAUUAUGACAUCGUCCCGCAUGUGCUUCGUGGGUGCUCGCAAUGGUCACAUGCCCGAAAUUCUGUCCCAUAUCAAUGUGAACCGCUUCACGCCAAUGCCGUCACUCGUGUUUCUGUGCGCACUAUCGCUAUUGUAUCUGUUUAUCAGCGACGUGUAUGUCCUUAUCACCUACAGCAGUAUCGUCGAAUCGUUCUUCAUCAUGCUGUCCGUCAGUGCGGUCCUAUACUUCCGCUACACCCGGCCGGACAUUCAUCGACCAAUACGGGUACCACUGUGGGUGCCGACGGUGUUUGUCAUUAUCUGCGCCUUUUUACUGAUCGUACCAUGCUAUGUGGCACCGUAUGAAGUUGGCAUGGGUGUAGCACUGACACUUGCCGGUAUUCCGGUGUACUACAUCGGUGUGGCUUGGAAGAAUAAGCCAAAAGCGUUCACCGACGCACUCGCGCGGGUAACGCAAUUUUGCCAGAAAAUGUUCAUGACUGCCAAGGAGGAGGCCGAUGUGGAUGAGUAGAUCAUACCAGAGCGGGACAACGGUCUCUAUUGAUGACAAUACUUCAGCAGGAUAUCGC